AUGACUCAAGGGGUAUUCACUCUUUUGUAUAACGAAGAAUAUUUGGCAGGGGCACUUGUUCUAGCCAUUGCGCUCCGUAAGAUCCUCGAACGCCAGCCCGAAGUUAAUAUUUCAUUGGGGGUUAUUAUUGAUAAAGGACGGUUGAACGACUCUCAGGUAUCGCUUUUGCAGAAUUUGUACGAUGAUAUAAUUGAAGUGGAGCAAUUAGAGUCCGAUAUGGACCACAGGUUGACCUACGACUUAGGGAGACCUGAAUUGAAACAGACAUUUACCAAGAUCCAGCUUUGGUCGUUGACAAAAUACGACAAGAUAUUGUACUUGGAUGCGGACACUUUGCCUAAUGUCCCCAAGGACGAAUCGCAAGGGUCAAUUCUCGAUUUGUUGAAGUUAGACUUCGCCGCUAAAAAGGUCCUUGCAGCUCCUGAUAGUGGGUUCCCCGAUAUCUUCAAUUCAGGGGUCAUGUUGUUGAAGCCGAACAUGUCCGACUACACUAAUCUAUUGAAUUUAAUAGAGGAGUCGAGAGAUAAUCGCAAGCUUUCGUUCGAUGGGGCAGACCAGGGCCUCCUAAACCAGUAUUUUAAUCUGCAACCAGAUUGGGUUCGAGAUUUAGUAUCUUCUAACCAAACUGAGGUUGCGGCCGCCCAUGGUGCCAAAUCUUCGAAUUGGAUUCCAUUGCCAUUUUUAUACAACGUCACUCCUUCCACUGAAUACGAGUAUUUGCCCGCAUAUAAGCAUUUUGCCAGUACUGGGUGGCUAAGCACUGUAUACGGCAGUCUGGGUAGAGGGUAUUCGAAUUUAUUGCCUCAUUUCAAUGGAGAAAAGUCCCAGAUAAAACUUGUUCAUUUUAUUGGACCUGUGAAGCCAUGGAAAGCAGAACUUUCCAUUGGUAUUUAUGGCCAAUGGUGGGACACAUGGUAUGGGUAUUUUGGUAAUGUCACAGUUGAGGAAGUUGUUUAUCAUGGUGGAGGCGAUUUAGUCGUUGAAUCUAGUUCGUUCGAAGAUCGAAAGGAGACUCAAAUCCAGUCGGUAGAAACUCCACCGAUGAAAACACAACAGAGUGAUCAAUUCGAUCCGUCGUACCUUUGCGAUCCAACAAACUACCAACACAUUCCCAGCACCAUUGUCCCUAGUGUUGACGCUUCAUGGGAUCCUGCAAACGAACCACCUCCUGCGGCCAAGCCUGUUAAGCAUGAAACUGUUGAGCUCGAGAGAGGAAUGAAAUCGUUCACAAAUGCAUGGGACUCUAGCGAUGAAAAGUCAGCCCAUGAAGAUUCGCAUGCACCAGCAUAUGAAGGAGUGCAACUUUCUACGGAAACUCAACGUCCUUCCGUUGAACAUUAUACUAGAGAUGAACACCCUACAGUAGAACAGUCUACAGACAACUGUUACACAGACAACGACUCCACAGUACACCCGUUUGGCUACCAUGCUUCUCAGAGACCAGAAAGAGUGUUUGCUGACGACAACGUUGUUCUUCCCCAUCCAUAUAUGCCUCGAUCCACCUCCGAUAACGCAGAACCGGCUCCUAGCUCAACACCACCCAUAUCCGGUCAAUUGGAGCACGAAGAAAUCUACAACACGCUAGCUAACCUCCAAAUAGACCAAGCCAACACAGACAGCUUGGAUCAACACCCAGACCAAGACUCACCUCAAGACUCACCUCAAGACUCACCUCAAGAUGAUACCCCCGUUGCGAAAUUGUUUCCCUGGGAGUUCAACAAGGAACAACACGUUCCAGAAAGAACGUUCGAUUAG